CCAUUGGUUAAAGAAUUUACCAUUUGAAUUUCAGGGUAGUUACAAAGAACAACCUGGAAUACAACCUCAUAUAAAAGAUAUUAGUCAACUAGAAAUUAGUGAUUUUCCUCGGCCAGUUCAAAAUUUGAUCUGUAAAGCUCACAAGAUAGGCUGGCUAAUGCAGGUUAAUACAGAUGGCUACACACCAAAUAAAAGACUUAAUUUAGCCAUGGGGCUUUCUUCAAUACAUAUUGCUCAAUUAUAUGAGAAAAAGUGGCGGGAUUUAAGACAAAAUAAAGCAGUCGGUUGGCAGCAUAGUUGGCGAGAUUUAUUUAAUAUCGCAGUACGAUACCGGAGAUUGGUUGAUCCGGAACAACCGGUUCUUUGGCUGGAUAAGAUGCCGGAUCAUAAAGAUAAAGAUGGUUAUAAAACAGUGAUUACACUUGUAAAAGGUUCUGUUCACAAUAUAAAAACAAUGCCUUAUUUUAAUCUGGUUUUCAAAUUGGUGAAAACUAUGUUGGAACAUUAUUCUGUUACAAGUGAGAUUGUCAAGUCAAAGCAAGCUACAGCUAAAGAAGAGAUUGAGAGUGCUAAAACAUGUGAGGACCUGCUCGAAGUGACAAAGGUUAAUGUGAAGAAUGCUGGACUUUUUUCUUGUACAACAAAAGAUGGUACACAGAAACAUCAGACAGAUCAGAAUGGUUUUGUUGUGUCAACACAGGUUCCUAGUACACGUAAAAGAUCAGAGAAAGAUCGUCUUGAAGGGGCCAUGCUGGUUCUAACUGAUGAUUUAGCUAAACAGAUAUUGUUUACUAUUGACGUGGCAAAUACUCGGACAAGGACGGCAGAAUAUCAUAUAGAGUUAGACUAUAUCUAUAACCAGCUUCAAGAUGAAAUUAAACGUACUAGUUCUAGUAAAGUCUCGGAGAUGGACUCAGUGGUGAACGUAAUACUCUCUCUAGCCUAUUAUUUCUACAAUCUGAUGCCUCUAUCUAGAGGAUCAAGUGUUGUAGCAUAUUCUGUGGCACUUGGUCUUAUAAUGUCCAUACAUCGCCAGGUAACAGGAAAACUUCCAACUAGUAAGUUACUAGAGAUGGAGGCAAUGUUAUCAGGCGCCCCAGAUGCCUUUAUACUUGUAACUAAACAAUGGAUGAACAUUAAAAGAUUAGCGACACCCAUGUCUGGUUACCCUACAGUAUGGGAGACAUUUCCCACAGUUCGCAGUGUCCUUGAAGUGCUCAAUGUUAAUACAGAUUCCUGUUCAUAGGUUAACGUCAGCGCAAACAGCUUUCAGAAAAUAUCAACCAAAGUCCUACAUAUGUUUACCUUUAUUAUUGUUAGCUUUAUAACAGUACAGCAAAAACUCUAAAUGAUCCAUCUGCUUUUGUCAUUGAAAAUAUAUAAAUUUAAAAUUUUACUGUUUCUUACAAAAAGUUGAAAUACGUUAAAAUCUUUAGGUGUAUCAAUAGAUUUUCACGCUCACUUUACUGUCCUUUGACUUUCAAACAUAUAUCAAAGGCACUAACUCACAAACCUUUGGAGAAAAAAUUAUGCAAAUUAGAAAAUUUUAGAAAAUCUUGGUUAAUCAAGAGUUAUUAUAAUACGUUUCAAAAUCUUUUAUGUAAACAAAGUCUGACUAUUUACCUUUGUAUAGUAUUGUUAAAAGUUAGUUCUUGAAGUUGAUUGUUAAAGGUUGCACUAUUUCAAUUUUAUAUUCUUGUCACAAACAAGUGCUGUUCAUUAUAUUGAUAAAAAAAAGAUAUUAUAAAAAUAACUGUGAUACAUGUACUUUAAUCAAUUACAAGAUACAGUCAGACCUGUUUGGGAAGGCCAUAGAAACCAUUUAUAACAUGCAUUCCAAGCGUUUAUAUGGAUGGGUUAAUGGGGUAUGAGAUGUGAUUGUUACAUUUGAUUGGCAGCCUCUAAUUCAAUCCAUGACUGUUAUUUUCACUUCAUUUCUGUAAAAUGAUCCCACCUUUUUCAUUUACUUUGUUAUUUGAGGGAUAAUCUAGCCCUUAUGACUGCUUCUUAGCCUGCUGGCAGCAACAAAUCUUACCCAUGUGACCCAUCCAGAACAAGAUCAGCCAGGCACAUCCCUGCCAUCUGAUCAUGGUCUGAACUGUUUGCUAUUCAGUCAGUACAUCUUUUGAAAUUUUCCCUAUAAAUGAUGAAUAAUUUUGUCCAGAAUGAAAUAUUGGACAAAGAUUAGUUAAGAUAUGUAGCAGGACAAGGUUAGUAGUAACUGUGGCUUUAACAACAUGGUAUGUUACCUGUGCCACGGGGGACAGGUUUGACUGUAUUUAUGAUUGUUGUUUUAUCUCAUUUUGUAAAUCUAAAAAAACUGCAAGUAGUGGUUUGUUCUGUGUUAAAUUAGUGUUUCUGUUAACCUUAUAUGACUUAACUGUUACGAAGUUUUAUACUUUUAGGUGGUCCACUUGUGUAUUGUGAAAUUAUGCUUUAAACCUGAUUUCCACUGAAUUUGUUUAAUGGACAAGUCCAGCUGUGAAAUUGAAAUAGUCCAUUAAUAGUAGAAAGGGAUUUUUAUAUUUAAAUUGAGCAGCCAGCUAGAGAGGUAAAUGAACAGUAUUCUUAGAUUACAAUUGUUAUAGGGUAGUCUGGCUCUAGAUUGAUAUAGGGUUUUAUAUUUCAUAUUGUCACUUGCACUCAGACCGAAAGUUAUUGACUUUCAACUGCACAAAUGUGCAUUGAUUACAUAAUUAUGUUAACUAACCAAGGGAAACAACUGCAGAUUUGAAUAAAGGUCAUUUUAUUCUUAACUUACUGGAACCAAUAGAAAUAUCCUUAGCCAAUAGUACAGAUCCAGACCAGAUUUCUUUUUUGUGCAGCCUAUGGAGGCUCUUUACUGUUAGCUUAUUCUUUGUUUUGAUUUGAAGUCUCCUACACUUUAAAUUGACUGUCCUAAAUUAAAAAAAACUAAAUCUAUUCUAAAUAUUCAGCCACUAAAUGGCUGAGUAACUUAAAACAGGCAUCAGCAAAUGCAGUCUACACUCUAUGGAUUAGCUUUGAUUAAGAUGAAUGAAAUUAGUUGUAGGGUACAUGCUAAAUAACUUUUACACUUCUGUAUUAAAUUAUGGCAUUAGUUUUUAUCAUAAUUAAAUAGACUCAGGAAAGUUUAGUUUGGGACCAAGUUAUUUUAUAAAAUAUUCAUUGUUGAUGAUUUCCUUAAGAUUUUAUUGGUAGCGUUAUUAGCUUUAGAAAUUAAGUUGAAUAAUAUGAUUAAGUAGGUGUCUACGUACAUAGUGUGAUUUUUUUGUUUGUUAUAUAUAAAUAUAUAUAUAAAAGUAAAUUGUAGAAAUAAAUUGUAAUUAUGAAUAGAGAUGGUGUGGAUAUAACAACCAACAUUGACUAUUUUGAUUUACAUUUGGAAACAAUGUUCAUGAUAAAAAAGGCAUUUUAAAAGCACAUUAUGUCUUGGACACAAAUGAAUUUUUCCUUUAGAAAGUUCAAACUUGAGUUAUAUAAUGUUUAAAUAAGGGUUUUAGAGCAUGUUAGAUGCUAAUAGCCUGAAGAAAGUAGCACUGAAUGUGAAAUUAUUUGUCAUAAAUUAGCAAAAUGUAAACGCAGUAAAAGAUUGUUGAUGUAAUUGGCCAUUGUGUAGCUUUAACUAAACUCUAUUUUUGUUCCAAUUGUAUGUGAAGCACUAUUAUAGUUAUUUACAAUGGCAAAGUUUCAAUGCUCAAAUUAAAACCUAAAUCCUGCUUCAUAUAAAUUUAUCUCCACGCCUUAGCUUAUUUGGUUGUUAUUUUCUGAUGCUAUCUAUACCAUAUGUUAUAUGUAGUCUGUAUAUUUUUUUUUUUUUAAUUCAGGAAUUUGUUGUUUGAUUUUCAGCUAUUUUUAAUUGUUUUCUUUUUUCUUAAUCCUGUUGAUAUUAACAUUUUUCUAUGCAAGAUUUAAAAAAAAGUGAUUUUUAUACUUUGUUAAUGAUAAAUAAGAUAGCAAAUGAAUAAAUAAUAACAAAAAA